GAUAAUAAUUUAGAUCGAUAUGAAUUGAUUGUUGAUGCUCUAUUUGGUUUUAGUUAUAAACCACCAUUACGAUCAGAAUCACGACCAAUAUUGGAAUAUUUAGCUCGAAUUGAUCAUCAACAAAAACGUUUAAUUUCGAUUGAUAUACCAAGUGGUUGGCAUGUUGAACAAGGACCACCAUCAUCUGAAAAUGAACAAUUAUCAACACCGAUCAUCAAACCGGAUUGCCUAGUAUCAUUGACAGCACCGAAAAAAUGUGCAAAAUAUUUUCAUGGUCAAUUACAUUGGUUGGGUGGUCGUUUCGUACCACAAUCAUUAGCUCGAAAAUAUCAAUUAAAUUUACCCGAUUAUCCAAAUGAUGAACAAUGUUUAUUAAUUAAUUUUUCUAAAUAAGAGAAAAAUCUUCAAUCUUCUCUCUGAUUAAAAAUUCCAA